AUCAGCAUCCGCAUCCUGCAUCAGCAUCAGCGGCAGCAAUAGCAGCAGAAGCGAGGUCUCCUUCACAGCCCGCACAAUGCGCCUCUCCUCCCUCCUCACCCCACUGCUCUGCGGCCUCGUCGCAGCCGGGUCCUGCCCGUACGCGAACCAGGCCCGCUCAGACGACACCCCCUCUGUGUUGCCCCGCGGCUCACCCAUCGAAGACAAGAAAGGCGUGAUGUUCAUGAACCGCAUCGCGCCGGCAACAUCCAAGCUCUACGUCUCCAACAUCGACGGAUCAAACCCGCGUCUCCUCCUCGGCAACGAGACCACGUUCGACUACCAUGCGCAAUGGUCCCCAGACGGCGAAUGGAUCGUGUUCACCAGCGAACGGGCCGGGGACGGACAAUCCGACCUGUACCGGGUGCGCGCCGACGGCACCUCCCUCCAGCCCAUAUCGACCACCCCCGCCGUCGAAGACGCCGGCUCGAUCUCCCCCAACGGCUCCCUGAUCGCCUUCGCAGGCACCCUGGGCAACUACAAGGCCAACAUCUGGAUCAAGAACCUCGACACCGGCGCCCUCUGGAACAUCACCAACUCCACCUCCGUCGCCGGCAACUCCUCUCUCCCGGAUGGCCACUUCCGUCCCGCCUGGUCCCCGGACGGCGAAUGGCUCGUCUUCUCCUCCGACAAAAACACCCCCUGGCGCGGCCACAACAACGUCAGCGGAUGGGAGCACACCCAGGAACUCUCCAUCUACGCCAUCCGGCCCGACGGGAGCGACUUCCAUCGCGUGGCCAACAAAACCGGCUACUGUCUCGGGUCGCCCAAGUUCUCGCCCGACGGGUCCCGCAUCGUGUUCUACGAGAUCCCCACCGAAUUAACCUACUACGCCCGCGUGUCUGAGCCAGACUUCUACGACGUCGGCACGGCCAUCGUGUCCGUCGACUUCGCCACCGGCGGAAACCCCAUCGAGCACGCCUCCGCCGAUACAGGCGGCAUCAAGCUCUUUCCGCAGUACCUCGACUCCGACACCAUCGGGUACCUCGUGAAAAGCCUGCUCACGAACACCACCUACCCGGGCUCGAUCAACUACACGUCAGCGCUCACGGAAGGCCCCGCGGCUCUCAACGCGAACUCGUCCCUCAUCGGCCACUACCGCUCCCCGUCGUGGUCGCCAGACGGUACGAAGAUGGUCUACGAGCUGGUCGAAUGGGACCCCAUCCGUCCCGUCGGCAAGAAGCUCUACAGCUGGAGCAACGAAUGGGAGUACCGCUUCAGCGACGUCUUCCCGCAGAUGUCCAACGGCGGAAAGAUCGCCUACACGUCCCAGCAGACAGAGAACUCGUCCCUGGUGACCAUGAACCCGGACGGGACAGCUGCGAGGGAUAUCUUCGACGGGUCGCGGUUCCCUGCGCUGGUCAACGCGUCGAACACGAACGGGACGUUCCAGGCCUCGUGGCGGGGGGAUGACGAAGUCAUCGCCGUCGGAUUGGGCGAUUGGUUCGAGUACCGCUACGAAAACCCCGGGUGGGUGUAUCUGGUGUCUGCGAACGGGACGUGGACGAAACGCGUGACGGACGGGACCACGAACGCCGGGUUUCCGACCAUCUCGCCGGAUGGACGGUGGUUGGUGUGGCGCGAGUUUGAUUAUACGAGCGAUGAGGUGGCGCCGUUGGGGCUGCGCAGGAUGGAUCUGAAGACUGGCGAGGUGGUUGUGUUGUCGACGGAGUGGGAUAAUACCCCGAUGUUUGCGCCCGAUGGGUCGAAUCGUAUUGUGUUUACGAGGAGGACCAGUUGGCCGAUUUCCGGGCCGUAUGAUGAUAAUUAUGAUGUGAUGACCAUGGAGGUGGAUGGGAGCAAUUUGCGGAGGUUGACCACGCUGGAGUGUAAUGAUGCGCAUGCGGUCUGGACCCAUGAGGGCAAGAUUGCCUGGGCGUCCGGCAUGUAUGGCUUCCAGGAUGAGGCGGUUAUUUAUGAUAAUAACCAGCAGCCGUAUCCGUUUAUUAUGCAGAUGGAGGCGGAUGGCUCGAAUAUGACGGCGCUUACGCAGAGCCGCUGGGAGGAUACGAUGCCGUUGUAUGUCCCGAAUGAGAUUUGGGCGGCGUCGUAGGAUGGGGUUGUGUGUAUAGAUUAGAUGAGCUAUAGUGUAACAGGAAUAGAUUGUUAAAU